AUGUCCAGCCCAGAAGAGACACCGAUCAUCGAGGAGCAACGUCGUCUCUCACAAAAUGGGGUCCUGAACACAGGGUUCAUUCACACCCAGCCACCGCAGUACACGCCAUCGAAUUCAUCGCCGCUGCAGCAAACGCUGCAGCUUUUACAACAGCAAUUGGCCCAACAGCAGCAGCAAAUGGCACAGCAACAGCAACUGUUAUCACAGCUCGUGCAACAACAACAGCAGCAGCAGCAGCCACCGACCCCAUCUGCAAUUUGUGCCAAAACCGAGCAACCCAGAAGAAUGAAGGCGAUUGCGAGAAGCUACCUGUAUUGGCCAAUGAUCGACGACGAUAUUAUGAGCUACGUGGCAUCUUGUGGAUCCUGUUUGGCAGCCGCUAAAGCACCCCCUCGAGCAACACCAGCUACAUGGCCAACACCAUCAGGCGCCUGGCGUAGAGUACACGUGGACUAUGCUGAACCACUGGAAGGGUAUUACUUUUUAGUGGUGGUUGACGCUUUCUCCAAGUGGCCUGAAAUCUACAAGACUACGAGUACAACAACAUCUGCCACCAUCUCCAUGUUACGGAACAUUUUCGCUCGCUUCGGUAUGCCUGAAACGUUAGUUAGCGACAACGGUCCGCAAUUUACCAGCGCCUUGUUUGCGGAGUUUUGCAACAGCAGCGGGAUCGAGCACAUCACCACAGCACCGUUCCAUCUGCAAUCAAAUGGACAGGCGGAGCGGUUCGUCGAUACGCUGAAACGUGCACUGCGGAAGAUCCAGAGCGACGAGACGUCCCUUGAUGAGGCCCUGGAAUUGUUUCUCAUGACGUACCGAUCGACACCAAACGCGCAGUUGAGCCAGCAGAAAUAUCCAACUGAGAAAAGAAACUCGUGGAAGUGGAUACCGGGAAAGAUCGUUCGUAGCUGUGGACGCGUUAUGUAUGACGUCAUUGCGAACGAUGGACGUUUACUUCGGCGCCACAUAAACCAAAUCAGGCGUCGUGCGGUAGCCCGUGCACCUGAGGGACAUCAACUGCCGCUUGAUGUACUGUUAGAGGAAUGGUCUUCUUCUUCUUCCCGACCAGAGCCAACCCAGUCGGAGCUGGAACCAAUCCCGACCUCGACAACCGUCACGGAGGUAGGACCGACCAGCACCUGA